UUUUUUUGUAGAUAUUUGAUGAUAAAAAUUGUGGCAAAACAGAGAAAAUGCUCGAAAUUUAUUUAAAGAAAAGUGUUUUGAAUAGAAUUUAGUAACUUCAGGACAUAGUUCAGAAUAUUUAAAUUCUAUGCACAGUGCUAAGAUCAAGAAAAUGUUCUGUGAAAAUACUGGAACAGUCACGAGAUAAGUAAAGUAUUAUGUUAAUAUUAUUAACGUUCUUAUCUUGAGGUACUUACUUUCGAUUAAAUAUGGCAGAAUGUGGAAAUGACGACGUAUGUUCGGAAAGAAAUUUCGAACAUGUUUCUCAGUCUGUUGGUUUCGAAAAAGAACUUCACGAAGAGCAGAAAGAAAAACUUAUAAGACAAGGGUCAGAGUUAGAUAUACAUCAACCUCCCGCUCAAAUAUUUUCAGACGAUUCAAUUGUAUCUGUGUUAGAUUUUCCAAAUCGAAUAAGCACGUAUUUUGAUGAUGAUGAUGGAUCAUUAAAAUAUAGAGAGCUUCAAGCACCUUUAGAAGAACAUAACCAUGAGGAUCUUGUAAAGACCUGGGAAAUGAACUACAAUGAGGCAUCUAUUUAUCUUGAGGAAGGUGAAAAUAAUGAUAAAUUUGACUACCAUCCUCAAAGUAAUGAUUCUCUGCCUGCAUACUUCUUAGUACACAAUCCCUGGUUUUAUCGUUUGGAUUUAUUAGCUGCAGUGAUGCUGUUAGGACUUGCAUUAGUGGAGGAGCCAGCUGUUCCUGGCUUUCAGAUUGAUCUUUGGAUUCAUGCUUCCUUGGAGCUAGUUAGCCUCUUUAUUAUUGGCAUUGAACUGGUAAUGAAACUUUAUUGGAUGGGAGUGAAGCCAUUCUUCCAACACAGGCGAUCUAUAAUAAAGCUUGCAGCUAUAUUGAUGAUGUUCAUUGAAAGUAUGAUAGUAAUUAUUCGACAGGCUAGUCAUUUUCGUAUUAGUCGUGGAUUUCGUCCUGUGUACUUAAUCGACAAUUAUUACUGUGGAGGAAUUCGAAGGGUUACAAGACAAAUUCUACAGUCACUUCCUCCAAUCUUAGAAAUGUUGGGGCUGCUCCUGUUCUUUAUGUUAAUCUUCUCUGUUUUAGGGUUUUACCUGUUUUCUUCCAAUCCAAAAAAUCCAAUUUCGGUAAC